AUCAACUUUUAUCGAACCUUUUUUAUUGUAAUGGGUUAAUUGUAAUUAUUAUUUGGAUAACGUAAGGAUAGACAAAGGUUAUAUUCUCAAAAAACAAAUUUCGUUUAAAACAUUCCGUUCACGAUAGCUUUCAGUAUGGCAGACAGCACUUUGAUGGCACCCAAACAAAAUAACUGAUUUGUCGUGUCACUCGUUUCAUGGAAUGGCAACAAGGAAAAAAGCUGAUGGUUAUAGAUGCAUUCACAUUUCUGAAAAGAGAUUGUUUCAGUGCAAGUUUUGCCUUCGAAUAGUAUCAACCAAGGAUAAUAUUCUGAAACACCUAUGUAGCCAGCAUGGCCUUUCUCCGUUCAAGGGUGUCAUAAGAUCUAUAACAGGGGAGAAACAGUCAAAUCAGAGGAAAACGAAAGUGACUCUUGUGGCACAAAAUUGUGACAUAUUUGGUUCUGUGCAGACAUUUAGAGGUCAGCCAAGUGGGGACAUUUUACAUGCAUUAGGUGUUGAAAGUAGUAGAAGUUUGAGAAGGGUUCAAAGAAUAUGUGUUAAUGGCAACAAAUUCUACAGUGCAGAAUACUCAAGAAUGAAGAAGCGUACAUGUCUUGCUGUCCUUUAUUCUACUGACAAGUUAGGUUUGGUACACUACUUAUUCUAGUGAAUGAUACAAAUAAAGUUUAUGCUGUGAUGAAGAAGAUGAUACUGCACAGUACUUCUUGGCUGCAUACAUAUGAAGGAGGAAAACAUUUAAAACCAGUGCAAAUACAAAGUCAUGAGAUUGAUGUUGUACCUGUGGAACAGAUAAUGUGUACAUUGGUUUUCAUGGAUUUGGAGGUAGAUGCACGAACAGCAAUAGUUGGGACAAGGCCAAACAAACAUGGACAUGCUGUAUUCAAGUGACUGAUAUUCUUGGCACAUUUUGUUUUUGGCCACGUUUCUAACAAAAAUUAUUAACACAUUACAACUUUUCAGUGUUAAGGCUUAGGUUGUGCAAACCAUCUACAUGUUCUAGUUUUUCAACGUACUUAUAUGGUCCUUCACGUUGACUUUUAUGUUUUGGAUACUUCACUUGUACUAUGCUGGGCUAAUUUUAACAGGACUCAGGUCAGAGCAAAGUCUUAAUAGUGUAUAUCAUACUCGUGCUCCAGUUCAUUGAUUUUGAAUGUGUUAUGACCCUUGAAUUGUCAAAUUCUAUUAUAUAUAACUAUUUUCUCUUAACACUAGAGGAAAUUACACCAAAUUUCACAGGACUGAUUAUUGCAAUAAGACUCCAGGCUCCUCAUAUCUUUGAAAUUUCAUGGUUUAAUGAUUGAAAGUGGUGUUAUGACCUCAAUCUUUAAAAUUUUACAUUGUGUAAUUUAAAGUGGUGGAAGACAAGUUUUUAUUCUGAAAACUAAGUCAGACUCUCAAGUUUUAAAUUAGCUAAAAUAGCUUUAAUAUAAGUGUCUGAUUACAUGUUUUAGCACAGAUAUGAAUAACAUAUAAUACCUACUUACAAGUAUUAAAAAUUGGGUUGCA